CAGUCAAUGGCCAUGUGUGUGCUACAUUUCGUGAGGCUUGCCAGAAAUUAAGUCUCUUAGAAAACGAUGCUCAUUGGGAUAUUUCACUCGCUGAUGCUUCUAAUACAGCUCAACCACCACAGAUACGUACACUAUUUUCCAUCAUACUAACUACAUGUUUUCCGGCUAAUCCAAAGGAUCUUUGGGAAAAAUAUAAAGACUAUAUGAGUGAAGACAUUUUACAUCGCAUGCGUAGAAUAAAUGCUAAUCCCAACAUUCAAUUUACAUCAAAUAUAUACAAUGAAGCAUUGAUUUUAAUUGAGAAUGUAUGUUUGACAAUAGCCAACAAAUCACUGACAGAAUUGGGAAUGAUUGCUCCAAAUAGAUCUGGUAAUGGCAUUUUCGAUCGUGAUAUACAACGAGAAACGCACUUCGAUGUUAAUGAAUUACAAGCAUUUGUUCGAAUUAAUCUGCCGAAACUGGUAUUAGAACAACGAACAGCAUAUGACACAAUUAUAAAUGCAAUAUCUAACAAGAGUUGUGGCUUAUAUUUCUUAGAUGCACCUGGAGGUACUGGCAAAACUUUUCUUAUUUCAAUUAUUCUGGCAACUAUAAGAUCACAAAAUAAUAUUGCACUUGCUAUUGCAUCAUCUGGUAUUGCAGCAACUCUUUUGGACGGUGGUCGAACAGCACAUUCAGCAUUGAAAUUGCCAUUAAAUGUGCAGGUAAUCGAAACUCCAACAUGUAAUAUAAGCAAAGAUUCUGAGAUGGGAAAAGUGCUAAGAUCAUGUCAGCUUAUAAUAUGGGAUGAAUGCACCAUGGCACACAAGAAAUCAUUGGAAGCACUCAAUCGCACAUUAAAAGAUUUGAGAGGAAAUGAGCAGCUCUUUGGUGGUGCACUCAUUUUACUAGCUGGUGAUUUCAGACAAACUCUACCAGUUAUACCCCGUUCAACACCAGCAGAUGAAUUUAAUGCAUGUCUCAAAUCAUCAGUAUUAUGGCGGUAUGUGGAGAAAAUAUCUUUAAAGACCAAUAUGCGUAUUCAAUUACAACAAGAUGAAUCUUCCAAACGAUUUGCAAAACAAUUGCUAGACAUUGGGAAUGGUAAAAUGGAAAUGGACCAAUCCACACACUGUAUUACAUUACCAGAAAACUUUUGUUACAUUAAUUAUAAAAAUAAUCAAUGGGUUAGUGAGCGUGCUAUAUUGGCAGCCAAACACAUUGAUGUGAAUUUAAUAAACUGCAAAAUUCAAAAUGAAAUACCUGAUAAAGAAACAACAUAUAAAUCCAUAGAUACUGUUGUCAAUCAAGAUGAAUCAGUUAAUUAUCCAAUGGAAUUUUUAAAUUCAUUGGAUCUACCAGGAAUGCCACCGCAUAUUUUAUCUUUGAAAAUUGGUCCCCCAAUCAUCCUUCUACGAAAUAUAAAUCCACCACGACUAUGCAAUGGGACUAGGCUAUCAGUAAUAAAAUUGAUGAAUAACAUAAUUGAGGCAACCAUUUUAAAUGGAAAACACCAAGGAGAACAUGAACUAAUACCAAGCAUUCCCAUGAUACCAACGGAUACUCCAUUUGAAUUCAAACGUCUACAGUUUCCUGUACGACUAGCCUUUGCAAUGACCAUUAACAAAGCUCAGGGACAAUCAUUGCAAGUAUGA